AUGAAACCAGCCGAAGCCCGAAAACUUCUUCAACCUGUCGCCGGCCACCUCCUUCAUGUUUUUGCCGCGCCAUUGUGCGCAGAAACUUCGGGCCGUGUUUCCUAUCGGCCCUAUCGCCUCAAAUCGCGUGAGCUGGUCGCCGUGAUUCGUGCCCAGCUGGCUCCCAGUGACGUGCUCGAGGUAGCCAGCAUAGACGAGGUGUACAUCGCCCGACCUCACACGUCUCCACUCCAUCUCAAGGCCUGGGCAGACGAGCUGCGUCACCUGGUCCACCUUCACACUGGCCUCCAUGUAUCCACUGGCAUUGCCCAUAACAAAUUCUUGGCCAAGAUUGCCUCGUCCUUAGCCAAACCCGCCGGCACCGUCGUCAUUGCGGGCCCCGAAGAAGCGCACCGUGCCUUGCAAACGCUCCCUGCCAAGAAGCUGCCCGGCCUUGGUGCCAAGGGGCCUCCUCUAAGCUAUGGUGUGCACACAAGCUUCUCCCCGUGGUCCAUUCCGCAAUUUGACUCUCUCACCGGCCUCCCCACUGGCAAGGCUCGCCUCGUCAAGAAGACCAUCCAGCCCAUCAAGGGCAACGAUUUGAGUCCCAUCCAACCCAUGCUCGACGACAUGGCCCACGAACUGCUCGAGCGCAUUGCCGAGCACCCCCGUCGCCAUCCUCGCACCCUCACUGUCGUGGUCAGGCGCCCAGACGGGGCAGAAAGUAGCCACAGCGAGCUUUUUCCCCUGACCAGCCCCCGUCUCCAAGCCCUGUUCCAAAGUGCAGCGACACCAAACACCUUUCCAGGUCAGUGUCUCUACCUGGUCCUAUCGACCUCAGCCCUACAUGCGCUCGCCCUCAAAGCCCGCCUGCGUGCUGCAGCCUCAGAGGUAAAGCUGCUCAGCGAGGUACUACGUCGAGCCGUGGCUGGCCAAGUGCAAGACCAUGAAAUCGUCAAGCGAGUCUCUGCCACCGUCACCAAUUUUGUGGAGCAACAACGAACUACAAUGACCACCUUCUUUGCACGCGCACCGCCAACCGCACCGCCGCCCACGCACGAGGAAGACGUUGAUGGUCUUUUUGCCGAUGCCGCCGAUCUCGACGAUUGCAGUCCAGACUUGUGGAUGGGUCUCUCUUCCCUGUCGAAUAACCAUGCCCACACUUGA